UAGUUGUUCUUCAAAACAACAUCAACGAAAACGUAUGACAUUAUCGUGCUGCGAUAAGAUUGCAUUGAAAAAGUUUAUUGGAAAUAUUUCAUGAGAAUGCGUGCCGUCAGUAGCUGAUGGACCAAUUACAGCAAUAGACGCUAGUUGUGAUCAUGGCAAACCAGAAGUUUGGUGAACAAUCGGGUAAGGCGUCACAGGUUGAGCGGAAUGAAGACAGCCCCGACAUUUCGGCAAAGGAUAUAAUCCAAGGUAUCAAGGGACUGAACUUAAACAGCUAUGCCACGCGCAAAUCGAUUGCACAGGGCAUGCUCGAUCUUGCAUUGCUGACUGCCAAUGCAUCACAGCUGAAGUACAUUCUCACUGUUGGCGAGACGCAUCAAUUCUACCAUUUUCUGUUAGUGUUAAUCAUUGUGUCUAUAUCGCUACAGAUAUUCCAAGCCCUUCUCAUCAUCGUUUUGGCAGUUGUUUUUGAUAUCAACAAAGUGGAAGAGCAGAAACGUACUGAUAUCGUAAAUAAUAUUCUUAUUGCGUUUACAGUAAUCAGUGUUGUAGUGAAUGUUAUUAUCAGUGCCUUUGACAUGAAGUCACAAACAGACAUUCUGAAACAAAGCUGAUCAUGCUUGAAAUAGCAUCAUUAACUCAAUUGAUUGUAAUCAUAAAUAAAACAACGAACAAAAGUGCUAUUUACCUUUUGUAAAACACAGUACUCAACGAUUCUUAGAUAAAUAUUAUAGGUGUUUUCAAAAAAGCUGAUUUCGAUGUGAUUUUUGCAAAAAAAAAAAAAAAACGGAAUUGUGAUAUUCCUGAUCGGUUUGAGUCCAUUCCACGCUUUAUUGUCAUUGCAUUGUGAUUAGGAUAAUCAUAACUAUAACUAAAUAUACAAUGUCAGGAAUCAUAGACUAAAA